AUGAUGGAUCAACCCAGCUUCGUUAUCCAUCCCGAAGAAGCUGAAUCCGCCGCUAAACGACUCGGCGUCUCCGUCAUCAACCUCCUUCCUUUACUGGUCACUCCGGCGAAAUCCCUCGCUCGACCUCCGAUCUCAAAAUUCCCCGUCGCAGCAAUCGGACUCGGAUCAUCAGGUCGGAUCUUCGUAGGCGUCAACAUCGAAUUCCCAGGUCUCCCUCUCCACCACACAAUCCACGCCGAGCAAUUCCUCAUCACAAACCUCAAUCUCAACUCCGAGCCAAACCUCCGUUACAUCUCCGUCUCCUCCGCUCCUUGCGGCCAUUGCCGUCAAUUCCUCCAAGAAAUCCGCAACGCACCUGAAAUCAGCAUCUUAAUCACAGAUCCAAACGCCUUCCGCGACAACGCCGCGAAGGAAGGAGACGAGAACGGAUUCGUACGAAUCGAGACCAUCUUGCCUCACAGAUUCGGGCCACACGAUCUACUCGAGAAACAUAUCCCUCUUCUUCUCGAGCCACACGAUAACAAUCUCACUCUCUCAGAUCCCGAUCUCACAAACGGUCACAUAAAUUCCGACGUUUCCUCAAAUCUGAAACGUACGGCGUUAUCGGCGGCGAAUCGAUCGUAUUCGCCGUAUAGUCAGUGUCCGUCGGGAGUGGCGAUGGUGGAUUGUGAAGGGAAAGUGUAUAGAGGUUGGUACAUGGAAUCAGCUGCGUAUAAUCCAAGUUUGGGACCGGUACAAGCGGCGUUGGUUGAUUUCGUGGCUAAUGGUGGAGGUGGAGGGUUCGAGAGGAUCGUCGGAGCUGUGUUGGUAGAGAAGAAAGAUGUGGUGGUGCGUCAAGAACACACGGCAAGGAUGCUUUUACAGGUUAUAGCUCCCAAUUGCGAUUUCAAGGUCUUCCAUUGCUGA